AUGGAGCCCACCGGACCUAAGGUCCCAAGCCGGUAUCUCACAGGUCCAAUAGGCUCAUGCCAUGAUAACUGCAAAUGUGAAACUAAACCAAUUACAGAAACAAAGCCGAAAAACCCGUCUCCCAAAAGAACACCAAAACCUCCUGCACCAAAUUCGGUACCUAGAAUCAACAAACCACCUGCAAUCAUUCCCAAGUCUACAACUACAACACGCGGUUUCAAGAACAACAAUGUUGUCAAGGAUCAAACUUUGAAGAAAGACGUUACAAAUGAACCGAAGAAACGAGAUUUUAAGCUGAAGUCUGUGAAUUCACAAGCUAAAACAUACAAUAGGCCAUCUUCAAGAACUCCUAGUAGAAGACUCAGUGACGUAUGUGUACCCAGUAAAGAUAUGUCACUCCCAUCUUCAAGAUUUCCCAAACGACGACUUAGUGAAAUCAUAAUUCAUCCGAAAAAAGAUGUUGCAUCCGUUUCUAACGGGUCAAUGGGUAGAGGAUCUGGAAUCAACAAGAACGAAUCGAAAAAAGAUUCAAAACUCCCUUUAGUGAACAAGAAGUCCAAUUCAGUAAAAACUACUGUUUCCACCUCAAAAAAUAAUGCAAAGGUGUCACCUUUGAGAACUUAUAAAAGUCUCCCCAAACCCGAGCCUAAGGGGCCAAGAAAGGCGAAACCCGUGAAACCCAUUGAAGAACUUGUGCAUGAAAAGACUCUGGAUGUCAUUGAACCCAACAAUGAUGUUGAAAUUACUAAAAGUCAAAGUCAAAGGUCCCCUAAGUGUUCUCCUUCGAGCUCCGAGGUGAAAGCCAUGAAAGAUGAUCAAAAUGGGGUGGUGGAAUCAUUACCACCAUCAGUAGAAGAUGACACCCUUGCAAAAGAUGGUCACACUUCGAGCGCUGAGAUGGACGCCAUGAAAGCUGAUCAAAAUGAGGUGGUGGAGUCUUCACCGCCAUCAUUCGAAGAUGAUCAACAUGAAGUGGUGAAGAUUUCACCACCGUUAACGAAAGAUGAUCAAAAUGAGUUGGUGGAGUCUUCACCACCAUCAUUAGAAGACGAUCAGCAUGCGGCGGUGAAUAUUUCACCGCCAUCAAUGGAAAAUGAUCGUAAUGAGAAUGAGGUGGUGGAAUCUUCACCACCACCAUCAUCAGAAGAUGAUCAACAUGAGGCGGUGAAGAUUUCACCGCCAUCAACGAAAGAUGAUCAAAAUGAGGUGGUGGAACCUUCACCACCGUCAAUGGAAGAUGAUACAAUAGAGAUGGCAAAUGUCGAAAAGUUAGAAGAGGAAACUAAUGAUUGUUCUCUAGAUGAUCUAGCAUUUAGAAGAGGAACCAUUCUGAGUCCUGAAGCCGAAAAGAAAAGCCUUAUAGAAAUGCAAUUCAAGAAAGGUAAAGAGUUAGAAAACGAAACUGAAGAGGGCGAGAACAUUAGUUUAAGAAGAUUGUCAUCAGAUGGUGCAGUAUGCAUUGCUGAAAGUGUAACCAUCAGUGUUGACCUUAAACACCAAGAAACAGAAGAAAAGAAGGCUGCAGUUUUGAGUAACAAUGUCAUUGAAGAGACUGCUAGCAAACUCAUUCGAGCCCGAAAGAGCAAAGUUAAAGCCUUGGUGGGUGCUUUUGAAACCAUUGUUUCUAGUGAAUCCCCUAGGAAAUAG